AGGGGAGAGAUAAUGGGAGAGACUGUGAGUAAUUAGGGGAAAAAAAGGAGAAAAUUCAAAGUAGAGCUGCCCCACGCGUGGGAAGACAGAAGCGUAGGAGUGGAGAAAGUGGCACAGACCGGAGAGCCCUGAGAUACUCUGGAGCCCAGGAGAAGGUCGUGUUGGAAAGCUGGCAACAGCGGGUGGUCUAGGGAGCGGCGGGAGGGCAGGCUAGGUGGGGGGCGGGCAGUGUGUCGUCAGGAGCUGGGCGGCCCCGCGGCGGCCGGGCCGCGUCUGCCUAGCCCGUCCCCUCCAGCCCAGCUCGGGCUCCUUCGCUCCAGCUCCGACGGUGAGCUCUCCCGGGGCAAGGUAGAGCCCCGCGAGCCCCGCCCCACUCCGCACACUUUCGCACCCGGGCAGAAGGGCCGCGGAAGGGGCCGCUCCGCCGGCUGGGUGAGGGCUGCGGCGUCCGGAGGAGGAAGCGUUGACAGCUGGAACCGGCUGCUGGAAGGGUUUGCGCUGGAUCGCGGGAGCUGCCAGAGGGCUGCGCAAGACCCGGGUGUCGUUUUCCCUGUUACAGGUGUAAUUAUUUCAAGCCACAGGCCCGUCACAGCAAAGUGUGGAACCCAGUUAGAUCUGACUCCUCAACAGCCCUGAACGACUUACUUCUGUAAAAUAUGUAAUUACUGUUGUUGCUGAUAUUAAAUAAUUAAGGUUUACCCUCAGAAAAACAAACGCAAUAAGCUGUACUACCGGGCUCUGUUUGUACUCUACCUUAAAAAGAGAAAAAGGAUGGCCAAAGAGAAGGGGCUAAUCAGCCCAGAAGACUUUGCUCAGCUGCAGCAAUACAUGGAAUACUCCACCAAAAAGGUCAGUGAUGUUCUGAAGCUCUUUGAGGAUGGUGACAUGAACAGAUUUUGCCAAGAAGAUGUCAUUGGCUACGUGGGAUUUGAGCAUUUCCUGAAACUCUAUCUGGAAGUGGAUGAAGUCCCCCAUCACCUCUGCUGGUCUCUGUUUUGGUCCUUUCACGCUAGUCAAAGCUUAGAAAUGACUAAGUCAAGAGGCAAUGUGAUCUGCCUCAGUGAUGUCUCCUGCUACUUCUCCCUCCUGGAGGGUGGCCGGCCAGAAGACAAGCUAGAAUUCACCUUCAAGCUGUAUGACUCGGAUAGAAACGGGAUCCUGGAUAGCUCGGAAGUAGAAAGAAUUAUCCACCAGAUGAUUCGAGUGGCCGAAUAUCUAGACUGGGAUGUGUCCGAGCUGAGGCCGAUCCUCCAGGAGAUGAUGAAGGAGAUCGACUACGAUGGCAGUGGCUCUGUCUCCCUAGCUGAGUGGGUCCGGGCUGGCGCCACCACUGUGCCGCUGCUUGUGCUUCUGGGGGUAGAUAUGACGCUGAAGGAUGAUGGGGUACACAUGUGGAGACCCAAGAGAUUCCCCAGACCAGUCUACUGCAACCUAUGCGAGCUGAGCAUUGGCCUUGGCAAACAGGGCCUGAGCUGUAACCUCUGUAAGUACACUGUUCAUGACCACUGUGCCAUGAAGGCCCAGCCUUGUGAAGUCAGCACCUAUGCCAAGUCUCGGAAAGACAUUGGUGUGAGUGACCCCACGCCCGGUUCGUUCCCACGCUGCCAACCCCUGGUCUCUGUCUUCAUUCCCUCCCACACAAGACCCCUCCCAGACAAGGCCCUGCCCUUCUCCCCCAAGGUCCAGUCACAUGUGUGGGUUCGAGGAGGCUGUGACUCUGGACGAUGUGACCGCUGCCAGAAAAAGAUCCGCAUCUACCACAGCCUCACAGGACUGCAUUGUGUGUGGUGCCACCUGGAGAUCCAUGACGACUGUCUGCAGGCUGUGGGGACCGAGUGUGACUGUGGGCCGCUCCGCGAUCAUAUCCUGCCUCCGUCUUCCAUUUAUCCCAGAGUUCUGGCAUCUGUACCAGAUCGCAAGCUGAAGACCGCAGAUGACGCAAGCCUGUCUACCAUUGAUGCUCUUCGGAUUGACCCUGUUUCUAACACCCAUCCGCUUCUAGUCUUUGUCAAUCCUAAGAGUGGAGGGAAGCAGGGGCAGAGGGUGCUUUGGAAGUUCCAGUAUAUGCUAAACCCUCGGCAGGUGUACAACCUGAAGAAUGGUCCAGAGCAAGGGCUCAAAUUUUUCAGAGACGUUCCUCAAUUCCGGGUAUUGGUGUGUGGUGGAGACGGCACAGUAGGCUGGAUUCUAGAAAGCAUUGAUAAAGCCAACUUUCCGGUUGUGCCUCCUGUUGCUGUGCUGCCCCUGGGCACUGGAAAUGAUCUGGCUCGUUGCCUAAGGUGGGGAAGAGGUUAUGAAGGUGAGAAUUUGGGAAAGAUCCUCAAGGACAUAGAGACAAGUAAGGUGGUAUAUCUCGACCGGUGGCUCCUGGAAGUAACACUCCAAGGAAAUGAGAAGAGUGACCCCGUCCCCUCUCAGAUCAUCAAUAACUACUUCUCCAUUGGUGUGGAUGCUUCAAUUGCCCACCAGUUCCAUGUCAUGCGAGAGAAAUAUCCCGAGAAGUUCAACAGCAGAAUGAAAAACAAGUUGUGGUACUUGGAAUUUGCCACAUCUGAAACUAUCUUCUCAACAUGCAAAAAGCUGGAAGAGUCUUUAACAGUUGAGAUCUGUGGGAAGCCGCUGGAUCUCAGCGACCUAUCCCUAGAAGGCAUUGCAGUACUGAAUAUCCCAAGCACACACGGUGGCUCCAACCUCUGGGGUGAUAUCAGGAGACCUCAGGGGGAUACUUCUUCUAUCAACCAGGCAUUAGGCAGUACCGCCAAAAUAAUUACAGACCCCGAUAUCCUGAAAACCUCGGUGCCAGACAUGAGUGACAAGCGGCUAGAAGUAGUAGGAAUAGAGGGUGCAAUUGAGAUGGGCCAGAUCUAUACCAAGCUCAAGAAUGCUGGACAUCGGCUGGCCAAGUGCUCCGAGAUCACAUUCCGGACCACAAAAACCCUCCCCAUGCAAAUUGAUGGGGAACCGUGGAUGCAGGCGCCCUGUACAAUCAAGAUCACCUAUAAGAACCAGAUGCCUAUGCUUAUGGGCCCGGCCCCCAACUCCAACAAUUUCUUUGGCUUUUGGAGCUGAGGAUACCCUCUGCCUUGAGCCCGCCUCGUUGUUCCUGGAGAUUUCCCUCUAUGCUCUGUACAUUGCUGCCAUGCCCUCCUGUCAGCCCAGAAGGAUGUGUCUUCAUUUCCACAGUAUUUAUUACCCUGUACCACCUCACUGUUCCCACACGCUCACUCACACAGAACCAAAAGCGCAUAACACUGGAAGUGCCUCAACCAAUGAAGUAUUUUUUCCACCA